AUGCCAGCGAUCACGAUUAUUUCCUGCAGAGAUCUUCCUGAGAUCGCCAUAGCUGCUGAUGGUCAAUGUCUUCUCGAUCCGUAUGUGAAACUACAAUUGCUUCCUGAAAAGCAGCAUCGAGUGAAGACUCGACUUGUGCGUGCCACCCGUAACCCGCAAUAUGAGGAAACAUUCUCGAUGUAUGGGAUCGAUCCAGGGCAAAUUAGUACAACAAGUCUUCAUUUUGCAGUGAUUGCAUUUGAUCGAUAUAGUCGUGACACAUUACUUGCUGAAGCAAUUUACGCAUUGAAAAAUGCUGAUUUACUUAAUAAUGCGAGUAAAACAAUUGAAAUCGAACUUGGAACACGCGAUCAAGAAUUAGGCCAAGAUCGUGGACAAAUUUUAAUAUCACUAUGCCAUCAACCGACAACAAAUCGAGUCACGUUUGUUUUACUUAAAGCCAAAAAUCUUCCCAAAUUCGACAUCACAGGAAUGGCAGAUCCAUACGUGAAAAUCUAUUUGUUAUUUAAUGGGCAACGAGUAUGCAAAAAGAAGAGUCACGUAAAGAAGCGUACACUAAAUCCGGUUUAUAAUGAAUCGUUCGUAUUUGAACUACCGAGUGCAAAUCAAAAUGAUUUGGAUCAUGUUCAAUUCGAAAUUGUUGUCAUGGACUGGGAUCGAGUUACGAAAAAUGAAGUUAUGGGUAAAUGCUUGAUUGGCGCGACAGACGAGCACUGGUUAAAGGUGAGAAGUAAUCCACGUCGACAAAUUGCUGAAUGGCAUCCUUUAUCGAUCUAA